CUUUCUUUCUAAUCCUUAUAAUUAGCAGCUUACAAUUCUUUGAUAAUGGCGACGAAUGACACAGUAAUAUGGACGUUGAUGAUUGUUGUUUUGGUGGUUUUCAUAUCACAAUCUUGUGUUCAUGGAGAAUCGCAAGUGCCUUGUUUUUUCAUUUUUGGUGAUUCAUUGGCGGAUAAUGGCAACAACAACCACCUCAAGACCCCGGCUAAAGCCAAUUACCUGCCUUAUGGAAUUGAUUUUCCAAAGGGACCAACGGGAAGAUUUACCAACGGUCGAACCUUCGUUGAUAUAAUAGCUGAACUUUUGGGUUUUGAGAACCCCAUCCCAUGCUUUGCAACUACCAGGCGGCCCAAGGACAUGGUUAGAGGUCUGAAUUAUGCAUCUGGCUCAGCAGGACUGCGAGAUGAAACUGGCACCCAUAUGGGGGCUAAUGUCAACUUGAAUAAGCAGCUGCUGAAUCACAAAGCUACAGUCAAGCACAUUGCUUCUGUGAUGGGGCAUAAACAAUCAUCUAAUAAGCACUAUUUAAACAAGUGCUUAUAUUCAGUUGGAAUGGGUAGCAAUGACUACAUGAACAAUUACUUCCAGCCCAAGUUUUACCCCACCAGUACCAAAUAUACCCCUGAACAAUAUGCUACACUUCUCAUCAAACAAUAUUCUCGCCAAAUAAAGACUUUGUACAUGUAUGGAGCAAGGAAGGUGGCCUUGGUUGGAUUGGGACAAGUAGGCUGCGCCCCAUAUUCAAUUUCGACUGGAACAAAUGGGUCUGCGUGCGUGGAUAAAAUGAACGAUGCAGUUCAAUUUUUCAACGAAAAGCUUAAGUCUCUCGUCGAUCAGCUCAACACCAAUCUCACAGAUGCAAAAUUCAUCUAUGUUAACACUUACGGAAUGUCCGGAAGUUCAGCGGAUCGGACAACAACUGGAUUGAAGGUUUCGGACGUUAAUUGUUGUCCAGUAAAUGAAAUAGGUCAAUGUGUUCCUUCCGCAGCUCCAUGCAAGAAUAGGAGCGAGCAUAUGUUCUGGGACUUAUUCCAUCCUACUGAGAUGGCCAAUUUAGUCACUGCAAGACGAGCAUACAAUUCUUCUAACCCGUCUGACACUUACCCAAUGAAUAUUGGUCACCUAGCUAAACUUAGGCUAUAACCAUGGAGUUCUAGUAGCCAAGCACAUAAAUUUCAGAUGGAAAGUAAUAGGGCACGAAUGUUUUUUUUUUUUUUUCCUUUAGGAUGAAUAAAU